AUGGCUGCCGUCUACGCGCAAACAGCGCUUCGGUCCGUAGCGCACUGCGGAUUGCGCGUCCGCUGCUCCAGAGGUGGCGGCUAUGCACAGAUGGGCAAGGUCAGACCCCAGGCGCAUAUGCCAGCCGCAGUCUGGAUGCAGAUCGACCGAUUCAUGGCCAUCUCGCCGACUGUCAUCUACCCACUAACACUGGCGGGACUACUCCACUACAUCUUGACAACCCAGGCGGGUACUGCUUCUACCCUUCUCAUCAUAUGCUCGAGCCGUGACACCUUCUUGCGCCAGCUUGCACAGUCCCUGCAGAAGCACCAGGGUGGGGGAGAGGAGGAUGACUACAUGCGGGACGUAAUCAGCCCUUCGCUACACAAUCUCCUUACGGCCCGUCAUAUCAAGCUGGCUUUCUGUGCAUCAGUGCAGGCAUUGUUGGCCUAUCUGACAAUUCAUGGCCAGACCGGAUCUGCGCAUGGUGGUCAGCAUGGAUCGCGACCGAGAAUGGUCCUGGUCAACCCGCUUGCCCUACAUGCGUCCACUCUAUCAUUUUCUGCCCAGGGACUUUCUAGAUCAUUUGCAGCAGCUACCGAAACUGCGCUCCAGCUGGGUGCCGUGCUUCAAGUCGUCGAGUGUCCCGGUGAAGGCACAACGGCUGAACCACCAGCAGACGGAGAGGACUUUGAAAUGCAAAUCGAAGACAGGGAAUCUCACGACGACACAAACACAGAGCAAGACCCAUGGGAGCAGGAAGUAUCCAUCCUCAACGUCUCCGCGCGGCGAUUUGGCUCCAACAGUGGGGAGAGCGGAUGGGCGGGUCGGACCGUCAAGGCGAAGAGGAUCGCAGCCCGGUGGUUUCAAUUUCAGAAGUUAGACAAUGAGCAAAUUUGCGAAGCUCCGGGAUGA